CCCAGGGCGCUGGCGGGCGACACAGACUACGCAGCGUGCUGGACCCGGAGGAUCAAGGUUCUUGGACUACGAGGAACCGCCCAACAUGGCAUCGGAGAGCGGGAAGCUGUGGGGUGGCCGGUUUGUGGGAGCAGUGGACCCCAUCAUGGAGAAAUUCAACUCGUCCAUCAUGUACGACCAGCGUCUGUGGGAGGUGGACGUGGAGGGCAGCAAGGCAUACAGCAGGGGCCUGGAGAAGGCGGGGCUUCUCACCAAGGCCGAGAUGGACCGGAUCCUGAGUGGCCUGGACAAGGUGGCUGAAGAAUGGGCCCAGGGCACCUUCAAACUGAACCCUAAUGAUGAGGACAUCCACACGGCCAAUGAGCGGCGGCUGAAGGAGCUCAUCGGAGAGACCGCAGGGAAGCUGCACACAGGCCGCAGUCGGAACGACCAGGUGGUCACAGACCUCAGGCUAUGGAUGCGACAGACCUGCUCAAAGCUCUCUACCCUCCUCUGGGCACUCAUCAGGACCAUGGUGGAUCGGGCCGAGGCGGAACGCGAUGUUCUCUUCCCAGGGUACACACACCUGCAGAGGGCUCAGCCCAUCCUCUGGAGCCACUGGAUCCUGAGCUAUGCCGUGGCACUGACCCGAGACUCUGAGCGGCUGCUGGAGGUCCAGAAGAGGAUCAACGUCCUGCCCCUGGGGAGCGGGGCCAUCGCAGGAAAUCCUCUGGGUGUGGACCGGGAGCUGCUCCGAGCAGAACUGAACUUUGGUGCUAUCACUCUUAACAGCAUGGACGCCACCAGCGAGCGAGACUUUGUGGCCGAGUUCCUGUUCUGGGCUUCGCUGUGCAUGACACAUCUGAGCAGGAUGACUGAGGACCUCAUCCUGUACGGCACCAAGGAAUUCAGCUUUGUACAGCUCUCAGAUGCUUACAGCACGGGAAGCAGCCUGAUGCCCCAAAAGAAAAACCCAGACAGCCUGGAGUUGAUCCGAAGCAAGGCGGGGCGAGUGUUUGGGCGGUGUGCUGGGCUCAUGAUGACCCUCAAGGGACUUCCAAGUACCUACAACAAGGACUUACAGGAGGACAAGGAAGCUGUGUUUGAAGUGUCAGACACCAUGAGUGCUGUCCUUCAGGUGGCCACUGGUGUCAUAUCUACACUGCAGGUUCACCACGAGAACAUGGUCCAGGCUCUGAGCCCUGACAUGCUGGCCACCGACCUCGCCUACUACCUGGUCCGUAAAGGGAUGCCUUUCCGCCAGGCCCACGAGGCCUCUGGGAGAGCUGUGUUCAUGGCUGAGACCAAGGGGGUCCCCCUCAACCAGCUGUCACUGCAGGAGCUGCAGACCAUCAGUCCCCUGUUCUCCGGAGACGUGAGCCACGUAUGGGACUAUGGGCACAGUGUGGAGCAGUACAGCGCCCUGGGCGGCACAGCACGUUCCAGUGUCGACUGGCAGAUCGGCCAGGUGCGGGCACUGUUAAGGGCACAGCAGGCCUAGAUGAACCCUCCCAAGCCUGCCCCAAAUAAAGUGGGCCCCAGAGGA